GAGAGCUGUCAAAUCGAGUAGACACGAGAAACGCUUGAGGGUACGUAAAAUGAUAAUAAGAAAAAAUUACCUCGACGACACUUUCGCUCUUUGUGGCACCAGGUAAUCGCUAGGAAAUACUUUAAAUAACACGUAGGAAACUCGUCUCAAAUAUUCUUAAACAGUGUUACAAACAGACUAGUCGGCCAUGGAGGAAGAUUGGGAGCAACUCAGCGAGCAGGAAAAGAUAGUCAUUCCGGCCAAAAAAGCAAUCGCCAACAAAUGGGACGGUGAAGAUGAGGAGGACGACGUUAAAGAUAGCUGGGAGGACGAAGAUGAGGUCGAGGAGAAGAAAGAUGAAGAGAAGGUAGACAUCGUAAAACCCAAGCCGAAGAAAACCUUGCAGCAAAAAAUAUUGGAAAAGGAGAUGUUGAAACAACAGGCACUGGAGCAAAGUGAGCUUGAGAAAGAAGAAAAUCUAACUCCUGAACAGAAACUGGCUGAGAAGCUUCGGAUCCAAAAACUUCAGGAGGAAUCUGAUCUGAAAAAUGCCUUGGACACAUUUGGGGUUACAGAAGUUGCAGGCGGAAUCGACGGAAUGCAUCCAACGAAUAUGGAAGAAUUCACUGAAUUUUCCGAUGCCAUUUGCAAGAAGCUCUCAAAUUACAAAAGUCACGCCGAUUAUCCGAAUUUCCUGGAAGAUCUAGUAACAAAACUAUUCGCUAGCUUACCAUCCCAUAAUAUUAGAAAAGUGAAAGGAACACUAGAUAAUUUAUAUCUUGAGAAGCAAAAGAUAGAAAAGGGAGAUAAACCCAAAAAGAGUAAAGGUGGCAAAGUGAAGGCCAAGCUACGAUUUGAAGGAGAUAAUACUAAGCUUGACGAAUACGCCACAAAAUACGAUGAUUUCGACGAUUACGAUGACUUCAUGUAACAUUCGCAACAUUACUCUCAGAUUAGCAAACAGGAAGUGUUCACCGUUGCGUUUAGAAUUGGAAUUCUCGUCCCGAUGGAAAAUGGUGAAGUUAAACACAUAUUCGGGAACACGAUGCAGGAAUUUACUAUUUACACAACCAAUCAAAAACGAAAACGUUGCUGUUAUUCUUUUGCAAUAUUUCUGACCUAGCCCUCCUCGAUUGGUACUCCGAUUUUAGCAUCUAUGUUUUUUUCAUUUAAUAAUAUAGCAAAACUUAUAAUUUCUUUUUAAAAAAUGAGAAUGUAUUGAAUGUAGCAAACAAUCAAUUUAGAAAUCCACCAAAUCGCUUAAAUUUUCCGGCUUUGUCCGGUAAACAGUUGUUUUCACCGAAUGUUUGUCUGUAUAGCAGUUCGAUUUGUUCAUCGUGGUGGAAUAGAAACUAUAAAUUUAUCGAUUAUCGUUGCGGAACACGGCAACGAUGUUUUAUUAGCGGUAUAUACAUCUGGGAAGACGAUGCUUGUAAUGUAAAUAAGACAUGAAUAAAAAUGAAUUCCAUCACAAAAAA